AUGCCAGGACAAGUGGAAAACGUGAACGAUAAUAACAAUGUAACACGUAUAAUUUAUUGAUAAAAAAUUUUCUACAAAUAUGUUCGACUAUUCUUACGAACACAUUUUUUCAUUUUCGAAUUUAUACAGUACGUGUUAUUAUCGUACGAGAUUCAUCGAUGUGUCAACAAUGCGUGCGUUGUUGUCAUUUUCACAAAAAUAUUGCGACACUUUUUUUUGAUUCACUGUACGCGUUUAAUCGACAGAAAAAAAAAAAAAAAAACGAAAUGAUCUUGCUGUACCUUUGUUGCAGUGCAACGCCGCCGUUGGCGUGAAGGCGUUCUUCGAUAUGAUGCACAGCGGGCCCCACAAGGUGAUGCUAUUCGGAGCAGCUUGCACACACGUCACAGAUCCCAUCGCUAAAGCAUCGAAGCACUGGCGUCUCACGCAGCUGAGCUACGCAGACACGCACCCGAUGUUCACGAACGACAGCUUUCCAAAUUUCUUUAGGGUGGUGCCUUCGGAGAACGAGUUCAACGCGCCGCGCGUGGCGCUUCUGGUGCACUUCAAUUGGACCCGGGUCGGUACCAUUUAUCAAAACGAGCCGAGAUACGCUCUGGCACACAAUCGGCUGGUCGCCGAUCUGGACCACAACAGGAUGGAAGUGGUGGAGACGCAAAGCUUCGCCACGGAAGUGACAUCGGCCCUCGAGAAGCUGAAGGAGAAAGACGUUCGAAUAAUCUUGGGAAAUUUCAACGAAGCGUGGGCUCGACAAAUAUUCUGCGAAGCGUAUAGAAAAUAUCAAUGGGUAAUCAUGGGAACGUACACGGAGGAAUGGUGGCUGCGUUCCGGGGGCGGAUGCGAGCCCGUUCAGAUCGCGCAAGCUCUGCACGGCACUAUAUUAACCGACCUGCUGCCGAUCACGACGGAGAAACGGAAGACUAUAGCUGGAAUCACAACGGAGCAGUACCAGGUCGAGUACGACUCGAGACGUGGCAAGGAGUAUUCGAGAUUUCAUGGGUACACGUACGACGGUAUAUGGGCGGUCGCCCUGGCUAUACAACGCGUGGCGAGCCGGAUAACCCACCACCGUCGCGAUCAGACCAUAUCGGAUUUUAGGUACAGGGACGACCUUUGGGAGAGACUUUUCCUCGAGGCUCUUCGGAACACCAGCUUCGAGGGCGUCACGGUGACAGGGAGGUAAAAGUCGGCGAGUUCAAUGGCGUGACCGGUGUGUUAAACCUGACCAAGGGUGAACCCCUGGUCUGGGGAGGAAGAUCACCGCCGAAAGAUCGAACGCUUCAUAUCAUCGAGCACUCGACCGUAAAUAUUACGAUCUACGCGGUGCUCACGUCCGCCGCUAGCGUGGGUAUUACAAUGGCGGUCAUUUUUCUCGCCAUCAAUAUCAAAUACAGAAAUCAAAGAUACAUAAAAAUGUCAUCGCCGCAUUUAAACAACCUCAUUAUCGUCGGAUGCAUGCUGACCUACAGCAGUGUAAUUUUCCUUGGGUUAGAUUCGCAGCUGUCCAGCGUAACGGCAUUUCCCUACAUAUGCACCGCCAGAGCAUGGCUAUUGAUGGCUGGCUUCUCCUUGGCCUUUGGUUCCAUGUUCUCGAAAACAUGGCGCGUACACUCGAUUUUCACCGACGUUAAAUUGAACAAGAAGGUGAUUAAGGAUUACCAGCUGUUCAUGGUGGUCGGUGUGUUAUUGGUUAUCGAUUUGGGGAUUAUGACGACCUGGCAGGUUGCGGAUCCAUUUUAUCGGGAGACGAAACAAAUGGAACCCUAUGUAAGCGCAAUGAUAUCUAUCCAAUAUAUAUAAGAUAUAUAUAUAUAUAUAUAUAUAUAUAUAUAUAAGAUAUAUAUAAGAGCCGGAAAUACAACCGCAUAA